AUGUCAGCACCAUCCAGAAGGAGACGAGUGAGCGAGCGAGAGAGCGCUCCCUCCCUCCACUCUCUGUCUGCCUUCCCAGCUCCCGGGGUUUCCCUAGAGACCACAAUGAACAAGUUCCUCUGCUGCACGCUUGUGUUCUUGGACAUCUCAGUUAAGUGGACUGCACAGGAAACCCUUCCUCCGAAAUACCUUCAUUAUGACCCCGAAACAUCUCGUCAGCUGCUGUGUGACCAAUGCCCUCCAGGCACUUAUCUGAAGCAGCACUGUACAACAAGGAGAAGGACCCAGUGUGAGCCCUGCCCCCAUAACUACUACACCAAGAACUGGCAUUUUAAUGAGGAAUGCCUAUACUGCAGCGGAGUGUGCAAAGAGCUGCAGUAUGUGAAACAGGAGUGUAAUAGUACUCACAACCGAGUGUGUGAAUGUGUGGAAGGACGGUAUCUGGAACUGGAGUUUUGUCUAAGGCAUACUAGCUGUCCCCCAGGAUUCGGUGUAGUACAAGCAGGAACCCCAGAGCGAAAUACCAUUUGCAAGAGGUGCCCAGAUGGAUUUUUCUCAAAUGAGACUUCCUCUAAAGCACCUUGCCGGAAACACACAAAUUGCAGUGCCCUGGGUCUCCAAAUGGCAUCAAAAGGAAAUGCAACUCAUGACAAUCUCUGUGCUGGAAACACAGAAGCAACUCAGAAAUGUGGAAUAGAUGUCACCCUAUGUGAAGAGGCAUUCUUCAGGUUUGCUGUUCCUACAAAAUUUACCCCUAAUUGGCUCAGCGUCCUGGUGGACAGUUUGCCUGGCACCAAGGUGAAUGCAGAAACCAUAGAAAGGAUUAAACGAGGACACAGUUCUCAAGAACAAACCUUCCAGCUGCUCAAAUUAUGGAAGCAUCAAAACAAAGACCAGGAUAUGGUCAAGAAGAUUAUUCAAGAUAUUGACCUCUGUGAAAACAGUGUGAUGAAACACAUUGGACGCUGGAACCUCACCCUGGAACAGCUCUGUAGUCUGAUGGAAAGCUUACCGGGGAAGAAAGUAGGAAUAGAAGACGUUGAAAAAACUAUGAAGUUAUGCAAAUCAACUGAUCAGAUCCUAAAGCUGCUUAGCCUGUGGAGAAUGAAAAAUGGUGAUCAAGAUACUCUGAAGGGUUUGGCACAUGGACUGAAACACUUAAAAACAUACCAUUUCCCCAAAGCAAUCCUUCAGAGUCUAAGGAAGACAGUCAAGUUUUUGCACAGUUUUACAAUGUACAGAUUAUAUCAGAAGUUAUUUCUAGAAAUGAUAGGGAACCAAGUCCAGUCGGGUAAAAUAAGCUGCUUAUAACCAGCCAUGACCUUUGGGGUAGAGUUCACGCACACAAUGAGAUGAUGGAACAUGUGAGUAAGUUAUUCCUCAGUCUGUUUAGUGAGGUACAUCUGGGUGGGUGGGGAUGCAUUCUGUUGUUUUGGGCCAAUAUGUGGUAAAUAAGUGACUACCCUGGUGAUGUGCAAGAGACAGUAUACCCCCAAAGUUCAAUACACCCCAACCUUGGAUCUGGUUCAAUACUUACUGACUCUGUUUUCCUCUUUACUGUUAGAAGUAACUCAACUGGAAACAAUAGCCCAGACAGAAAAUGUUUUUACUUCAUCAUGCCUUACUAUGCAUGGGAAUGUCUAACUGGGAGAACUUGGAGUUUUCAGCAGUCCUGGAUGCUUUUAUCCAAAGGCCGUUUUUUGAUAAAGCUCCAUACAUGCUGAUAACACUAAUACAGUAUUUGCUAUUUAUAUUCAUUCAGAUAGGAGGUUUGUACAUAUUUAUCAUCUUAAAUGGGAAUUGUAUAAGACUUAAUUUUAGAAAGAGAAAUUUAUAUUCUGUUUAUUAUUAUGACAAAUGAAAGUGAUAAAGUAUAUAUAUAUAUAUAUAUAUAUUUUUUUUUUUUCAAUGGAGACUAUGUAGCAUUUCCUAAUAGGUCCUGCCAUUCUCCCUCCGUGGAGUGUUGUUUAUAAUGUAAUUUUCACUGUAUAAGCUAUAAUAUCUAUGGAUAGGAAAAGUGUAUAAUUUAGCUGAGUUUUUAAUGUGGGAAAAUGUGUGAUAUGUAAAUUAUCUGCUCUGAGAAA